CCUCAAAAUAUUUUGGGAAGAGUCAUUUAUAUCUUCCCCUAGAUAUACUCCGUAACUCAGGAGCAGUCAGGUGUAUCAUACUACCCGCUGCCAUCAUGAUUCGAUCUUUGGCCGCGGCAUAUAGGCCCCGACUGCUCCCCAGACGCCCCCUCUCAGUCCCCUCAUGCUACCGUCCAUUCUCCGCCUCAAGAUGGACCUUCUCUCCAGACGUCUUCCACUCCCAGCGUGAGGACCCCUCUGCCUCAGCCAUCCUCUCCUCUCUUGAAUCCGCGACCGACCCCGUACCGCAGACCCUCGUUGAGAAAAUCGUCCAGAAGUAUUCCGUCGGCCUAGCUCCGGGCAAACACGUGCGGUCCGGCGACUAUGUCACCAUCUCCCCCUACAAAUGCAUGACCCACGAUAACUCAUGGCCCGUCGCGCUCAAGUUCAUGUCCAUCGGCGCGUCUAAACUGCAGGAUCCUAAGCAGAUCGUCAUGACUCUGGACCAUGACGUGCAGAAUAAGUCGGAGAAGAAUUUGCUCAAGUAUCAGCAGAUUGAACAGUUUGCCAAGACUCAUGAGGUAGACUUUUAUCCUGCGGGGCGCGGUAUUGGCCAUCAGAUCAUGGUCGAGGAAGGGUACGCUUGGCCUGGCACCCUAGUGGUGGCAUCGGAUAGCCACUCCAACAUGUACGGAGGAGUGGGAUGUCUGGGUACCCCCGUGGUACGGACAGAUGCUGCUAGCAUCUGGGCCACGGGCAAAACAUGGUGGCAGAUCCCUCCAGUUGCGAAGGUUAACUUUACUGGUGUCUUGCCCAAGGGUGUUACGGGCAAGGAUGUGAUUGUCGCGCUCUGUGGCCUGUUCGACAAGGACGAUGUCCUCAAUCAUGCCAUUGAAUUCACAGGAUCGGAAGAAACCAUGAGAAGUUUAGCGGUCGAUGACAGACUUACCAUUGCCAACAUGACAACAGAAUGGGGCGCUCUCGCUGGCAUCUUCCCCGUCGACAACAUCUUGAAAGGCUGGUUGAGAUCCAAAGCGACAACCGCAGCUAUGUGGGGUGGAUCCCAGAACGGUCUCCCAAGCUCAGCAAAUACACGCUUCACACAUUCCCUACUGGAUAAAAUGUUCGAACGGCCCCUUGCUGCAGAUAAGGGCGCCCAGUACGCCAAAGAGCUCUACCUGGAUCUGUCUACGCUUGCUCCCUACGUCUCUGGCCCUAAUUCCGUGAAAGUGGCUACUCCCUUGAAUGAGCUAGAAGGACAGGAUAUCAAGGUUAACAAAGCAUAUCUCGUCUCGUGCACAAACUCCAGAGCAUCUGACCUUGCCGCGGCUGCAAAGGUCUUUAGGGAGGCUGCAGAGAAAAACGACGGGAAAAUUCCAAAGCUAGCAGAUGGCGUCAAAUUCUACAUCGCAGCUGCCUCUAUCCCCGAACAGAACGCUGCAGAAGAAGCUGGUGACUGGCAAGUCCUGGUCGAAGCGGGAGCCCAACCACUCCCGGCUGGUUGUGGACCAUGUAUCGGCUUAGGAACUGGUCUUCUGGAACCGGGCGAAGUGGGAAUCAGUGCAACAAAUCGCAAUUUCAAGGGUCGGAUGGGUAGCACCGAAGCAAAGGCGUACCUUGCCAGUCCCGAAGUCGUCGCCGCCAGCGCGCUGAGCGGCAAAAUUAGCGGGCCGGGCUGGUACGAGAAGCCGGAGGGAUGGACUGGCGUUAUCCGUGGCGAAGGUGAUGGCAUCAGAGAAGAAGAUAGAAUGCUUACGGCCGAAGAAUCCAUUGCCAAAGUCAUCGGCCAGCUCGAUACCAUGGUCCAAGACGCCGAGAAGAUCUUCGGUGACAAAGCCACAUCAUCAGCCUUAACAUCUCCACAAGAAAGUGCGUCUCAACAACAGCAGCCCCAAUCCCAACAAGAGCCUGAAACCGACUCCCCCGCCCUCACCGAACUCUUCCCAGGCUUCCCCGAACGCGUCUCUGGCGAAAUCAUCUUCUGCGACGCCGACAACAUAAACACCGACGGCAUCUACCCCGGCAAAUACACCUACCAAGACAACAUCUCCACCGCCCAAAUGGCCAAAGUCUGCAUGUCCAACUACGACGCCGCCUUCUCCCAGCUCGCGCGCGCAGGCGACAUCCUCGUUACAGGCUUCAACUUCGGCUGCGGCAGCUCGCGCGAGCAGGCCGCGACAGCUAUCCUAGCCAAGCGCAUCCCGCUCGUCGUCGCGGGCAGCUUCGGCAACAUCUUCUCGCGCAACAGUAUCAAUAAUGCGCUGAUGGGGCUGGAGGUGCCGAGGUUGAUUGAGCGGUUGAGGGAGUCAUUUGGUAAUGCCGGUGCUGAGGAUGGGAAGAAGGCGCUCACGCGCAGGACUGGGUGGACGUUGACAUGGGAUGUUAGGAGGAGCCGGAUUGAGGUGCAGGAGGGCGAAGGGGGUGCGAAGUGGACACAUAAGGUUGGUGAGUUGCCGCCGAAUGUGCAGGAGAUUAUUGCGCGGGGUGGGUUGGAGAAGUGGGUUAAGAAUGCUAUUGCGGAGUCGUAGGAGUGUAUAUUGUGAUUUAUAUGCAGAUGGAUUGUGGAGCCAAUUUUUUUGCCUUGUUUUUCCUUGUCCUUUCAUUUUGGUGUUUUCUCCGUGAAAUGUCAUCUACGAUACCUUGGGCUUUUUCCCCUUAUUUUUUUCUUCCCUUUGCCAUUUUUUUUCUAAUUUCCAUAGAUCGGUGUGAUUGCUGCCUCAAAUUUCGGUCCUUGGCCUUGGUUUCUUUUACCCUUGGGAUAUCUUAUAUUGAUUGGUUGCUAGAGAAGAAAAAAGCGGAUGUGCAUUGCUUGUCUUGUUUCAUUGCCCAUUUAUCCGGCGGGACUCUUGUGUUUUCAUUGACUUCAUCUCUGAGUUCAAAAGUGUAUAUAGAUUUAGAAAUAUUUGCCUCGUCACUAGUCAUCCUACUUCCCUCUUCAUUGACCUUCCCUCUACGGAGCAUGUCGUGUCUCGUUUUAAAGAUGCCAUCGACUCACUGGUCGGCAUCGAUAGCGUUGUGUCGAAGUAUGGUACCGUUGUGUAUGCACGGGAGGUCUUGGUUCCCGAACUGCUGGAGAUGUUGGUCCGGGAGGACAUGGGAGUCAAAACAAUGCAGGGUGUAACAAGCGUGUACGGUGGAAUCGAGGAAUGAGGGCUAUGGCCAAGCAAUAUAGAGUACACAAAACUCGAGAGAACAACAGCCAACGAAGUGAUGAUAUCAUAUAAGAAAAUAGACCUCCUGAUUUCAAGUCCAUCCCCAGAACACCCUGUCAAUUUCAAGAUUUCAAAAACGGGUUCUAAAAAGAAGAGACUGGGUCUCUUUCUUAUGUACUUCCACCGCCCCCUGCGGCAGACCCUUGGCCUGGACCUUCUCCCCACUGGGGGGGAUUCGGCGGCCGCGACGGAAUUAUUGAUCCGCCCCAAGGAUUAGUCGUAGGGAGAGAGGCUGGAGCCAACCCUUCAGUCGAUGUGGUGGAGACUAAGGGUUGCUCACCGGGAGCCGGGGGUGCUGUCGUAGCUGUUGCGCCGGUAGGCCAUUGGAUUCUGUUCUUGUAUACCGCGGACUGUUCUGGUCUGUCAGGUGUUGGGUUACCCCAUAUAACUUCUCUCGGUUCAUAUUUCUUGGUAUUAUCAUUGAGAUAGAUGUGGACAGAGUAGGCCCACACUUGGCCCGCCCCAGCACGAUCAGCGAUUUUACCAAACCGCACAGAAAUAUGAUAAGCAGUAUCCGGUUCUCUGUCGGUUUUUGAGGUUUGAGUCUUGUGACCGCCCUUCCUAGAACAAAGACAAAAUCACAGGAUAUGGGUAUAAUCAACAGGAUAGUCCGCGGGGUCCGCGGGAUGAUAACAUACUGCACAAUACAGUAAUCUGGUAGAAGGGUCUUGAAGGUUUCGCCGGUAUUAGACUCCAUACGGUCUUGGGGGUUCUUUAUAUAGUCCCUGAUGCACUGGACAACCUCUUCCACACUGUGGGCCUCAGGUUUGUGAUUCCACUCAAGCCGAAGCUGCUUUUCGACC